UUUCAGUGAGACAGCACAGUGUGCAGACCAAUCCGACAAUAAUUAGGUCAUAGAGGAGCCAAAAGAAAACCAUAGCUACUUUGUUUCUCACUUUGGCUCUGCCCAUGACAUGUUGUUUGUGUAGAGAUCCUGCGGUGCACACAGCUGAGAGGAAUACUGAACAGUUUUGCUGUUGCUGGAAGCAGCUCCUGGGGGAGGGGACUUUGUGAUGGAGGGGGAAUUCCUCAAAGGAAACAGCCUAGAGGUGUCUGGGCCAGAUAACAGCCUGGUGAAGAAGAAGACUCAGCUGUUGGACCGUGGCCAGUGGGCAAAUAAGUUGGAGUUCCUGCUGGCUGUAGCAGGGACCCUGGUUGGGCUGGGAAACCUCUGGAGGUUCCCUUAUUUGUGCUACAAAAAUGGAGGAGGUGCCUUUCUGAUUCCCUACGUCCUGUUUCUGCUUUCUUGUGGCAUCCCAAUGUUCCUCCUGGAGACUGCCAUGGGACAGUACACAUCUCAGGGAUGCAUCACCUGCUGGAGGCACUUCUGCCCCCUGUUUGAAGGAAUUGGUUAUGCCACCCAGGUAGUGAUCGCAUACGCCGCCGUGUCGUACAUCGUCAUCCAGGCGUGGGCCUUCUUUUACCUCUUCUCGUCCUUCAGUAGCGAGGUGCCUUGGGCCAGCUGCAGGAACGCCUGGAACACAGAGGCUUGUGUUGAAUUUGAUAAAACAAAUGCAUCGUCUAAUUGGACAGCCGCUGCAAACGCAACAACGCCUGCAACAGAGUUCUGGGAGAGACGAGUGCUGGGUAUAUCUCAAGGGAUUGAGCAGAUCGGUAGCCUGAGGUGGGACUUGGCCUUGUGUCUCUUACUGGCAUGGAUCCUGUGCUACUUCUGUGUUUGGAAAGGAGUGAGAUCCACUGGAAAGGUAGUUUACUUCACUGCCACUUUCCCCUAUGUGAUGCUGGUGGUUCUGUUGGCUCGUGGACUUACUCUACCAGGAGCUAUGGAUGGUGUUCUGUUCUACCUGUAUCCUGACCCCACAAGGUUGGUGGACCCUCAAGUUUGGAUGGACGCAGGUGCACAAGUUCUUUUCUCUUUUGGAAUCUGUCAGGGGAGUUUGACGGCUCUGGGCAGCUACAAUCAGUACAACAAUGAUUGUUACAAGGACACAUUUGUUCUGUGUUUGGUGAAUGGCGGCUCCAGCUUUGUGGCAGGGUUUGCAAUCUUUUCAGUUUUGGGCUUCAUGUCUUACGAACAAGGACUGCCAAUAUCUGAAGUGGCUGCUUCUGGACCCGGCCUGGCAUUUAUCGCUUAUCCACGCGCAGUAGCCAUGAUGCCUUUACCUCAGUUGUGGGCUAUUUGUUUCUUCAUCAUGGUCAUCUUGCUGGGUGCAGAUACACAGUUUGUGAGUCUGGAGUGCCUGAUGACCUCAGUCACAGAUAUGUUUCCGACUGUGUUUCGAAGAGCUUACCGCAGAGAGCUGCUGCUGCUCUGCCUCUGCUCCGUUUGCUUCUUCCUCGGCCUCCUUCUCGUCACAGAGGGGGGCUUGUAUUUCCUUCAACUCUUUGAUCACUAUGUUUGCAGCGGCAACAAUCUUCUCCUGCUCUCAGUGUGUCAGUCGAUAGCAAUCGGAUGGAUUUAUGGCGCCGACCGUCUCUAUGACAACAUCGAAGACAUGAUAGGUUAUCGCCCGUGGCCUCUGAUGAAGAUCUGCUGGCUUUACAUCACGCCUGUUGUUUGUCUGGUGAGUGACACAGAGUUUCUAAAAAAAAUUAAACAAGGGGUGAGGAAUGAGGAAGAGGUGCAAGUUAAUGAAGGAGGGGGUUUAAAAACGUUAACCUGUCAAAGACUUUCAUUUGGACACAAAGGCUACAUCUUGGUGAAAUACAAGCCUCUCAAGUUCAACAAAACCUACAUCUAUCCGACGUGGGCUUACGCUCUGGGAUGGUCGCUCGGACUGUUCUGUGUUCUUCUGGUUCCUCUGUGGAUCAUCUUUAAAGUUACUUGGAUGAAAGGGACAAUAUCACAGAACAUCAGGCAGCUCUGUCGCCCUGAAAACAAGAUGCACAACACGGCGAAGCAACCCGAGCAGUGCCCUCUGAACCCCGACAACAGCCCCACACCUGCUGCCAACGAAUACAAGGGAAGUGGCGGAGCUGAGAUGGAGAUGCAAGUGUGAGAAACUGAGCACUUUUGAUCAUUUUUGAAAUGUGAUGUUUUUAUUAUUAAGGUCCAGAUUUUGAAAGCUAAGCCUUUUUUUUUUUUCUUUUUUAAAUAUUACAAUAAGCAAUAAAUACUGAAGACUUUCAUUUCAGAUCAGGUCUGCAAGCUGCACAAUGAGCAGUCAUGCCAUGCUACCAUUUAAAUGAAGUAUUUAGAAAACAAACUUUACAGAGUUUGUCGAAGCUAUUUUCAUUCAAAGCGAAUCAUUUCAUGCUUCAGUCUGUCGCCUUCACAAAGGAUCAGAAGAUGCCAAGUGUAAUAAUCACUGUCCACUAACAUGCACUGUCACCGUAGGUUUUUAGACAAUCCCACACCCGCAAAAUAAAACAUCUGGGAGUGGCAGCUGAUGCAUUUAUUCAAUGCAGAAUGAUUUAUAUGACGAAUAAAUGUUGCCUUAAUAUUACAGUGCCUAUAGAAAGUAUUCACCCCUCCUUGGAAGUUUCCCCCUUUCCCACAUUGAAUCAUAGUCAAUUUAAUUUGGCUUUUUUUGGACAAGAAUUUACAAAAAAAAAACAAAAACACUCAUGUCAAAGUGAAAACAGAGUUCUACAAUGUAAUGUCCAUCAAAAAACAUAAUGUAAGUGACUAUUCAUUUCCUUCAUGUCAGUGUUUAUUAAAUGUUUUUGGUCAAAAUCAGUUCAGCUAAAAGAGACGCCACCAAAGAUCAUCUAGUGGAGAGGAAGCUCACUCUGUGUUUAAAAAAAUAAAAUA